AUGUCGAACUUAUUGAAUUUAGCAGUAUGUAAAGUCCAACUAUUGACUUUGAGUUGUACUAAUAAUAUUUAGAAUUUUUCAAAUGUAUCUGAACGUUUUAAUAUGGAACGUAUCAAGUCAGAUUUUGGUUCUAUUCAGUCAACUAUAUCAAAACUAAAACCACCUCAAGAAUUUUUUGAUUUUAGAAGAGUUUCAAAACCAGGUAAUUUUAAUGAAUUACAACAAAGAGUUAGUUUUAAUUUAGGUUAUUUUUCAGCAAAUUAUUUAACUAUAGUUGGUAUAUUAUCAGUUUAUGCGUUAGUUACAAACUUUUUAUUAUUAUUUGUUACAUUAUUUGUUCUUGGUGGUAUUUAUGGUAUAAAUAAAUUACAAGGUGAAGAUUUAGUAUUACCUCUUGGUAGAUUUAAUACAUCACAAUUAUAUACAGGGUUAUUAAUUGUUGCAGUACCUUUAGGAUUUUUAGCCAGUCCAAUUUCAACUAUGAUGUGGUUAAUCGGGUCAAGUAUUUUCAGUGUUGGUAUACAUGCUUCAUUUAUGGAAAAACCAAUUGAAACAGUAUUUGAAGAAGAAGUUUAA